CUUUCCAUGGUUUCUCUUUAUCCACUUACAUGGAUGAUCAAUAUUGGAGGGAUGGUGUAGAUGCUAGAGCCAGACAGUGGAUUACAGAUGAAUUAAUUCAAUCUCUUAUGACGCACCUACCUCCUGAGGAAUUUGACGCAACAAAUAGUUUUGCUGUAAGGUUCGAAAGAGAUGUGUACAACUCUGCGACAAGUAGGGAAGAUUAUUUAUAUAAAAUAAGCAGGAAGGCGCUGACUGCAAGGCUUCAAAUAGAUGAAACAAUAUUUGCAAGCUCUUCUACACUGGCUGCAUCUGCUUCUGCUUCUGCUUCUGUUCCUACAGCAAACUUUACACCAGCAAUUGCUACUCCUGCGCACCAAACUCUCGCGCCUAGAGGACGUAUUCGCUUUCAAGAAGAAUCGGUUAAAAGGAAGUUACGGGUAAUGGAAUUUGGCGACUUUUGUAGGAAAUCGAAGAAGAGGAAGGUUGAGGAAGAAGAUUCGAUAUGUUCUAUAUGCAUGGACCGUUUGGAGACAAGUGACAAGAUCAGAGAGUUAUCUAGAUGCUCUCAUGUGUUUCACAAAGGGUGUCUGGAUAAAUGGAUUGAUCGGCACCGAUUCUCAUGCCCCUAUUGUAGAGCAGGAUGCUCCGUCUAAACGAAGCCAAUCACUCGAUAUGCCGUAUUGAUUAUGAUGAAAAAAUCAAUACGAAAUGAAGAACUCUUCUUAGGAAAUCUGCAAACUAUCCCCUUCAUUGGAAAAGUCAAUCGCACAGACGAUCUCAAAUCUGAAAUAAGAAUCAAACUCGAUCUCCAAAUUCGAGGUCCACAAUCACCACCAAAACAUAUUUGCGCAACAGUAGAUCAAUUGAAAACAAUAGAUGGUGAAAGAACUUAUCUAAAAUAACAUCGAGUCUUCACCAAAUGUGAUGAAAAAUCUGAAAAAUGUGAUGAAAAUUCUGAAACAAGAAUAGAUCCGGAACUGAAGCAUCUAUAGAAGCAAUGUAUCUUUGAAAACCUCUCCAAUCUGAACCAGUCUCCAUUUCAAACUCAAAAUUUAAUUUGAGAUUUGAAGAAAUUGAAACAAGAACUAACUAAUUCAGAUCUGAAAACUAAAAUUGAAAGAAACAAACAAGUUGUAGUCCCUUUCCAGGGUGUAAUUGUACAGGUUGUUGUUUCCAUCUGAAGUAAGGGUUGGUACCCAUCAGAAUUGAAAAAUAGGAUUGGUGUUGUUGUUGUUGGUUGUUGAUGUUUUUAUUUACAGAUUGUUGUUGUUGAUUGUUGUUGUUGUAUGUACAGAUUGUUGUUUUUGAUUUUGAUUUAUGAUGGUAAAGAUAAAUUGGUACUGAUUGUUGUAAUGAGUGGAAGCGGAAGAUGAAGGAACUCCAUUAAUGGAGGUUU